AUGCAGAGCCUCAGGCCUGAGCAGAUUCGGGGGCUGCUGGAGCCCGAGAGGGCCAAGACGCUGCUGCCUCGGGAGAGCAGGGCCUGGGAGAAGCGCGCCACCCCCACCAAAGACUGGGUGGCGGUGGAGGUCGGGGCCACCGGCUGUGAUGGUGACGAGAAAGGUCUGUCCUCUCAAGGGACCGGGCUGGCCCAGGAGUGGACCUCGGCGGACGUAGAUGACGGGUCAGAGGACUCGCAGGGCUUUGUGGAGUGGUCAAAAGCUCCACAACAAACGACCAUAGUCUUGGUAGUGUGUGUCCUGUUUUUGUUCCUGGUUUUAACAGGGAUGCCUAUGAUGUUUCACAUUUAA